AACUCUUUUCAUUUCACCUUUUAUAGAGCAGCAGGCCAAGAGCGUUUCAAAUCAAUGUCUUUAGAGUGUUGCUUUCUUUGAUUUCUCUGACAAAGGAUUUUGCUUUACAAUUUCGAAAGGAAGAAAUCUUGUAAAAUAAAUAGCAUUAUUGAAAUGCGGUUAGAUCUUAUUGUGCUAGUUGAUGGAAAGACUGAACCAUGACUGAACAUAUGGAGAGUUAAAUAACGGAUCAGUCUCAGGGAGGAAACUGAACUAUGGAGCAAAAGGCACUUUACGUUAAUAAAAGAACGUUAAAGAAACACACAAAGUCGACUUAAAAGACAUGUUUCUCAGGAAGGUAACUACUAAAUUAUACUUCCUUUGCGCUUUCGUAAAUGUUUUUUUUUUGAAAAUUCUCGCAAGGACCUCGUAUUUGAAAAUCGCAUGCUGGUAAACACAAAAAGGUGCAUUCUAUUCAAAACUAGGUAUCAUCGGUUCUGAUUUGCAUCAAAAGCAGGAACGGAGAAUUUAAAUACGUCAGCCGUGCAUGCAUUGAAAGUCUGACAUUGCAGUUGUAAACAAAAAGGCAAAGUUUUGGGAGCGAUCGACUUGAAUCAUGAUGGGCAGCGAAAACCACUUGUCUCCCACUACUGGUGUCACUAGAAUAAAUUACCAAAAGAGACAUUCGUUGAAUAUGAUAGACGACAAACUCAUCAGCCAUUUUGAUAAGUUGAAGAAAAGGCCAAAUUCUCUGCUUGGACUGCCGCGGUUGAGGUCAAAAAGUCAUUCUGACCACAGAACAGUGUCUUCACUGGUUUUUAGAACGGCAUUUAUCGGAAGCAAAGGUGUUGGAAAAACGUCGAUUGUUCACCGUUAUUUAUCAGAUACUUACACAGAUAAAUAUCAACCUACAGUGUCUGAAAUUUAUGAAAAACAUGUAAUGCGAAAUGACGACGAAGCCAUGAUCAUGUUCAAAAUUUACGACACGGCUGGAGAUUUACAGUUUGAGUUUCCCGCCAUGUUUGGAUUGACAGUUAUGGAAGUUGACAUGUUUGUACUGGUGUAUUCUGUAGAAAAUCGCAAGAGUUUUGAGAUGAUAAAGUCUCUUUGGAAAGAAAUCCCAGAAAAGAAAUGCAAGCAAGAGGGGGAAGUUCCGAUGGUACUUGUCGGGAAUAAAUCGGAUGUAAGUGCUACGAGAAGGAAGGUUUCCGAGACUGAGGGUAGUAAACUUGCUGAAGAAAUAGAUUGUCCGUUUUUUGAGAUUUCUGCAAAAACUGGACAAGAUGUUGGUUCGAUUUAUAAUGCUCUGUUGAAUGAAAACGAAAGAAUUGAAAACCGCAAAGGAGAUAUUAAGAUUAUUGAGCCUCAAAAUUCAGAAACGCAGGAACGUGCUUUCAAUACUGUUGGGAACGAGGAGGUGAACAAGGAAGGGUAUUUCUUGGAACCUGUUAAUCGUCCAAGUUUAAAAUCAAAAAAGGGUGGCAGUUGUCUUCUCAUGUGAAGUAUUUCUCUGGAUUUGCAUGGAAAUUUUCAUGAAAGUAGUUGUGGUAAGAAAGGUCGACUAAAUUGUUUUAUUUACGACAGCAAGAGACAACAAAGCACAAAGAAUUUAUUCCUACCUUGUUCUUUAUCGACACGAAAAGUUGAAUUUGAUUGCGUAGUGUUCAAUGGGCAUUGUGAACAAAGGAUAUUACCGCUUGACCUUGCAUCAUAGCAAUAUUUCUGUUGCGUCGUAGAUUUUAGUUGUUCAUUGAAUUUUAAAUAUAUGUUUCUACAACUCGACUUUAGAACAUUGAGACCAAGUCUCUGGCAUUUGGCCAUGUCUCGCCUCAAAUACUUUUAAGAUAAAAACAAUUUUGGGGAGUCCUUCUGCAGAGAAAAUCAUAUUUAACGUGUUUCUCAAGGAAUGUAUUAGCUUUCUUCCUCAAUGUAUAAUUAUACCAGAUAAUUUAAUCGUGGCUUUCGUGACUUUCCAUAUAAUGUGCUAUUAUUCAGUAACCCUAAAAUGAAAUACCAUAUUUUAUGCAACAAAUUUUCAUAGGCGCAGACUUAGGAGGGGAGCUCCAGGGCUUGAGCCCCUCCUGAGGACAAUUUUGGGGUCCCAGUCCCCUGGCAAAUAAGGAGGCAAAUCGAUGAGCACCUCCCGCCCCCUGGAAAAAACAUACAUAAGUCUGCGCCUAUGCAACUUGUGUUUUGUGGGUCAACUUACAAGCUAUGUAAAUACUCAUAAAACACUUGUUCUCCUUUGCUGUAAAUAACUUCUUAGAAAUAUUUGCUUAGCCUUAGAAUAAAUUUGCCUUCGAAUGCAUCUUUCAUGACUUGUUCUUCAGAAUAGUUUUUAACAAUCCAUACAUCAGAUUCCACCUCGCCUUUCAAAACUCAUUGGCCAUAUGUUAAGGCCACUCGUAACCAUGUACAUUAUAUUUAUAUGCAGUUGUCUUACACAAUUUUAAUCAACACGAAGACAAUGGCGUUGCAGUUAAUGUUUUCGCAUCGUAUGCGUGCAAUUAUCGUAAACACAAACAUAAACAGACAUCAGCCGUAAAACACGAAAUCAACUCCAGUACGUGAUAUGCAGAUUGAACCGGAAUAAGUCGGUUUUUCCCGGUCUCAUCUCAAAUGCAGAAAACAAAUUAUUUCAUAUCAAUUACAUUAAAAAUGCAUUAGAUAGUAUGAGUAUCUCGAAUGGGUUUUUGGCUCAUAAAAACUGCAAGAACAAUUAUAAAAGAUGAAAAAUAUGCAGUUUACAAUAACACAAUACCGAAGUAAUUAUGAAAUUCUCAAUAGCAAACACAGUGACGGAGACGCAUAAGAGUGUCUAACAAAAGCUUCAAAAGGAAUUAUUAAGCAAUAAUCUCAUGAUGAUUAUGAUGAUCUUUCGGACGCUUUCUAUUGCUUUUGUGCAACUCAUUUGCCGCUUAAACACGUUACACUGUUGGCUUCUUUCAUAUUUCCAUCUGUAUAGAAUAAUAAUAACAUGAGUUCACUAAAAUUUUUACGGCAAAUUUUGUCUAAAGGAAGUAGAAAUAAAUGGCUUUGAAAAUGUACAAAUAUUUUGAAACAUACUAAUUCUUUUCGUCUGAGACUCUUCAGGGUAUAAAACAUCAGAAUAUCGCGCAAUGAUAUAAAUAAUUGUUUGUAAAUGGAAUUAACUAACACAGCGUGCAUAAAUUCAGCCAUGAAACCUUUCCGUGUACAAUUUCGAUUAUAUCCCUUCUAGUCUGAAUACUUUCUUAAGUACAGGGAGAGUGUGCCUUUUUCGAAUUUUACGCCUACAUUUUCACAGAAGCUGGCCAUUUGUGCAUUAAGGUGCCCUUUCCCGAAGCCUGCGAAUUAAACGCUCUUUCAACCCACCUACAGUUUAUACAGGGAACUUGUAUACAGCUUUAUUUCAAAUGACUUCUUUUGCCUUUCGUAUAAAAUUUUAACGGUAUGAAAUAUUUUUCCAACUUAAUGCGGAGUUCAAGGAGUUGUAUCGAGUUUUCUGUUUAUAUGAUUAUAUUAGGUGUUUUAGUAACAAUACAAAAUUUGUCGUAAAUACUGGGUUGAUUUCAUAUUUAGUUUCAAGAUUCUCUGACAUAAUCAGCUUUAAAUUCUUUAUGAGAUCUUUCACGACAUCAAUACGAUUAGAAAUUCUUUGUAGGCAUUUCAUAAAAUCUUUUCACGGAGAUGGUUUUUCUUAUUAUUUUGUGUUGACCUGAAUGUCUUCCAUAAAAAUAACGAGCAAGAAUGUAACUUGCGAUGAAUUAAUGUCCUUGUAAUAUGUUUAAGUUUUCAUAAAGCCCAUCACGUUUUAAGUAAGAGAAACGGCAUGGUAACCUUAGACAUGCUUUGCUUUGGGUAGCUUUAGGCUUUAGGCUGUUGGUUUUAAUUAAGUGUACCUAGACAUUCUACCAAUAUUAAAUAGCUAACCAAAAAGACAUAUGUUUUGGGUUAACAGGACGAAUUGGGUUAAAAUUCGAAUCACAAUCGGAUCUCACACCUAAAUUGGAGCAAAAGGCGUGGUCAAAUUUGUUAAGGUCAAAUUCUAGUCACAUGACCCAUAACCUCUUUAUUAUUUCCAGUUGAUACUUUUGCUAGAUCUGCCCCUGCGCGGAGGUACAUGAUCCAGUUGAUCCAGUUGAAAUGGAGGUGAUAGGGAUUGGUUGCGGUGAUGGAGUUGCAUGGUCCUAUUGAUUGUGAUAAUGGAUUAACUUGAUCCGAUUGAUUUUGAUAAUGGAGGUAUAUGUUCCGAUUGAUUGAGAUUAUGUUGGUACUUGAAAUGAUAGAAUUAAAUGAUAGAGAGACAUUAUCAGUUCGAUUGAGGAAAUGGAGUUGCAUGAGCAGAUGGUUUGAGAUGUUGUUUGAAGGGCCAGAUUAACCCAAACGCCAACUAGGCCAUGGCACAGGGUCCCGCUGUUUUACUAGGGAAUGAAAUGUCAAUGCAAUAGCUCCCUCAGAAAGGACACAUAGCUCCCUCAGAAAAACUACCAUAGACAUCAGAUGGUCAAUCAUGAGGCUACGUUCCCACAUCAUCAAGUGUGAUUUGGGCCGUUAGUGCAUCGGCGCAAAUCACACAACCUAUCAUAAAUCACUAAAAGUGGUAACCACGAAAAAAUAUUUGAAAAACGAAUCAGACUUUCCGUUUACGCAAAAAUUUCCUACCGGUUCCCAGAACAUCAAAAUUGGGGAACACCGCCCAACACUCUCGCACACCCCGGUAUUUAGGUACCUGUUUGAUAGUAUCAUAGUCAUGAAUUUUUCUACAUGAUCUUAGGUUAUGUCAACCUUAAUGCUAAUGGGGUUGAAAUUCUAAAUUUAUUUUUAGUAGUUACUUAAACAUUACGUAAUUGCACUUUCAAGUUUUUCAAUACCAUUUGUUCUUUGAACUUUUUCCACUGUCACCGGCGAAUUUGAAGUCCUAUGUACAUAUAGCAAAAUGUCUGAGUCCAAAAGCAGCUUCGUGUUGGAUGAGAAAAUAACAAAAUUUCUUAUUACAAUUUAGAAACAAACAAAAACUUACUUCAAGAAACAAACAAAAAUCAGAUUAUUUGUAUUCUCAUCCGAAAUCUUGAAAUGCACGCAGAUAUUAGCUUUUCAUUUGGCACGCAAAGCAAUCGUUAGCUGGAGAUUGUGCGUCAUGUUGUUUUCGCUUUUCGCCACCGCAAAAGCGAAACAAUUUCGCCCAAUGGAGAUUGGCAUUUACCCUAGUCUUACAUCAUAGACUUUUUAUCCAUAAUGAUAGCAUCAUUGGAAGAGGACGCAAAAGUGGCCUCCUUGGCACCAGGUUGGAAACCUUAUUCUGUGCCCUGAAUGUAUUUUAAAAAAUCUGCAAUGUGUGCAAAAUUUAAUGGUUUGAAACAUUUUGAUUUCUACAAUUGGCCAAGACAAGCUGGGUCAAUUGUGUCUCCUCGCGAUAGAACCAGACUUGAGCAACAGAGUCCCAAAAUGAUGACAUCAUAAGGACAUAUAAUUAGUUUUAAAUUUUGAAGGCAUGAGCAGAAAGAACUCGAUGAAGAGUAUCUAAUUAUGCAAACAAGAUGAAUCUGUUGCAUAAUUUAUGCCACUUGAAGUUUGCUAAUAAAUUUCUGAUGAUUAGGCUGAAAUUCAAAGAUUUUAGAGUUAAUUUAGGUCUCUUAUUUUCAGAACUUCCACGCCUGCCGCAAAUGGAAUAUGCAAAAUACAUGUCUUGCAUAAACAAAAGCAAAACUAUUUUGUAAGUUUUGCCAAAAGCAAUAACUUUGCC